GUUUAUAACACAACCAUGGCCGAUCCUUCAACCAAUGAGUCCCCAAAAGAGCAGAUUUCACCCGCCCCGACACCUAUCAAAAUCCCAGACCCUCCAGAGCGAUCAGAACAAUCGCCUACACCUGGUUUCCCGACGCCUGUUCUAUCUCCAGGCGGUAAUCCCACAUCGGCCAAAAAGCAGCCGGCCACUUUUCGGGGAGUGCGAAGCAGGAGCGGCAAAUGGGUGUCCGAAAUACGGGAGCCGCGUAAAACCAAGCGUAUAUGGCUCGGAACGUACCCUACACCCGAAAUGGCAGCCGCCGCGUAUGAUGUGGCUGCUAUUGCCCUAAAAGGUCCCAACACCGAUCUGAACUUUCCCGAUAUGAUUCUUUCGUAUCCCCAAGCGGUUUCUACUUCCGCGACCGAUAUUCGGGCAGCUGCCGCGCAAGCCGCUGCUGCCCGAUUACCCAAGCCUACAUCAAAAGACGAAGGUAAGUCUGGAAAUGAGGGUACCACGUCAAGUACUAGUAUGCAGCCUUCUGGUUCAGCAGGUCAGGAAUAUAUUGACGAAGAAGAGCUUCUAAACUUCCCCAAUUUGAUGGUGGAUAUGGCAGGAGGAAUGCUAGUAAGCCCUCCCAGCUGGAUAAACUCACCUCCCUCCGAUGAUUCACCGGAUAAUUCAGAUGCAGAAAGCCUAUGGGUUUACCCUUAAAGACUAAGUCUACAUUAAUAAGAGUGAUCAAGUGCUGUUUAUCUGUUGCAAA